CUAAUUCAAUGGACAAGUGAGUAAUAACGCUCUUCAUUUGCUUUAUACACCGAGUUUCAUUCCCCGAUGGCCUGGCUGGCUCCCUCUUUGAUUCCGUUCGAGAUUUCUACAGCGAAGCAAGAGCAGUUCUGUAUAGAAUCAAAGAUACUUCAAACUAGGGCACGUAGAAAUAUUAGCCAAUAAAAAUAGCCGCUCGACGGUCGAGGCAAUCGACAUGGUAGGGUGGAAGUAUCUGAUCACUAUUCGAUAUCUGCCGACCUCUACUAGAAUUUUAGUCUUCUCGAUUAUCAUAAUUGCUAUUUCUAUUCUAUUUAGACACAAGCAAAGAGGAAGAUGUCUUUGGGCUAGUCGUUUUAUAAAAUAACGCUAUACAAUCCGAGGCAAAAAUGACCUGGAGUUGGUGGAAAAGCCACGGGCGAGUUAUUUCGGAGCCAACGGCCAGCUGUUCUCAACCAUUACCCGAGCUUACAGCAACACCGCUGUCUCCUACCACGUCAACAUAUUCAUCAUAUUGGGCUCAGCGAUAUUUUGGAGGCCGUAAAUCCUUUUCGAUGAACCCUUUAGUUACUAGCCGGUCCGACUUCGCGCCUCGCCUCUCGCCUCGUCCAGGUACCCGUAUUACCGUAAUUCCUGGUCGUUCUAUUCAGCAUGAAGAGCUCAACAUGAGUCCUACUCACCGAAGUUACUCGGUUCCUUCGCGUUUGCCCUCGCCUUGGUCCGAUAUUCCACAAUUUAGUGAUGUGGCUAGCCCAAGAUAUCCAGCCAGCUUUCACGAUUCUAGCGCAACAUAUCCCGCCAGUCUUGCUAACCCAUUGUCUAGUGGUUCUAAGAAAUCUCUAAAUGUCGAAUCCCCAUCAUUCACACCUACUCAACUUGGAGGCAAGAAGUCUAACUUCUCGACAAACGCUACACCUUUUACACCCCGGGGUGCCUCUGCAUCCACAAAUUCGACAUUACAACAAGAUACGGGGGUCUCGCUGUAUAAAUCGACACCGUUUCCAGAUUUUACCCCCCAAAACUAUGAUCUAAAUACCGCGACUGCCAGCAACGGUUCGGCGGAUGGCGGAUCCCUAGGCUAUGAUCCGUUUACCAUGUCCAGUGUAAAUCAGGCGCUCCCUUCAACGCCGUACAAUCCAUACGCCGAAGAUCACAACGCCUUAGCCGGAACAGGUGCACCAUAUUAUACCGCUCAAAAUUCUUAUGCGGCCCCGUCUCAACCUCUUCAAUAUCAUCUCUAUUACCCUAUUACCACGGGGAGAGAGAGUAUGCAGCCUUACCAGCGACAAGUAUAUGACUUAUUCCUUCCAGAAUCUCUCAGAGAAGACCUCCAGAAAAAGUCUGAAGCUACUAGACAAGUCCUUCCGAGUCAACCUGGAGUACAGCUGCCCUCUCUCCAACACUACCAUUCUCUCGUUCCUUUAGAUACCAAAAUUCGAAGCACAGCUAGCACGUUUGGCCUUCCGAGUUGGGUAUUCAAAGCAACCUCUCGCAAGAAUGGGAACACAUUCUGCUUGAGACGAAUCGAAGGAUUUCGCCUCACCAACGAGGAAGCUAUUAAAGCCGUGAAUUCGUGGAAGAAGAUUAUACAUCCCAAUAUAGUCACUACGAUUGAAGCAUUUACUACAAGAGACUUCAAUGAUAGCUCCCUCGUAUUCGUUCAUAGUUAUCAUCCUCUCUCAAAGACGCUAGCGGAGCACCACUUUCCCACCAAUCGCUUCGGGCGUCCAGCAACCGUAUCAGAGAGGGUAUUAUGGAGCUAUCUUGUCCAGCUAGCUAGCGCUCUUAAGGCAAUCCACAAGGCUAAACUUGCAGCGCGGUGUGUCGACAUCAACAAAAUAAUCUUGACGGAUAAAAAUCGCAUUAGGCUUAGUGCAUGCUCGAUUCUAGAUGUUCUGCACUUUGAAGUACCUCGUCGGCUUGAGGAGCUACAACAGGAGGAUUUCUUUAGCUUGGGACGACUCAUCCUGAGCAUUGCAACGAACACUCCACCACGAAAUCUUGGUGACCUACGCCUACCCCUUGAGCAGCUAGGCAGAGCGUAUUCCCCGGAAUUAAAAGAGAGGAUAUCUUGGCUACUUAGCCCACCACAAAACGCACCGGCAAAGACUGCAGAGCAUCUAGUAUACGAUCUCGCUCAGCAUAUGGAUGAUGCCCUGGUGGCAUCAUUUAAUACCCAGGACGAGGUUACCGCUCACUUAGGCAGAGAACUCGAGAAUGGCCGAUUGGUGCGAUUGAUGGCGAAGUUGGGAUCUAUUAACGAACGACCAGAGUUUGAUAAUGACCCCAACUGGGCCGAGACAUCAGAACGUUAUACUUUGAAGCUCUUCCGAGACUAUGUCUUCCAUCAGGUUGACGCCCAAGGAAAUCCGGUCGUUGAUCUAGGUCACAUCGUUAGCUGCUUAAAUAAGCUAGACGCUGGUAUCGAUGAAAGGAUUUAUCUCACUAGUAGGGACCACCAAUCGACAUUCAUAGUUUCAUACAAAGAGUUGAAGAAGCAGGCCCAGAGUGCAUUUAGCGACCUACUUAAGGGAGCCAAUAAGACGCAGGCCAAUCGCUACUAGAAAGAGCGCGGUUCCGACCACCCAAGCAACCAAGAUCAGCAAAUUGAUCUUUCACGGAAGUUGGGGAGGAGGAAACGAUUCACAGUUCGGUGAGCUUGGCAAAUUAAACGAGUACCGUAAGACGAGAAAAGUCGGAGGAACUCGGAGGAUAGGAUUAUAUUCCGAAUUUGAAAGAAACGGGAACACCUACGAAGGGUUCUGCGACGAGGACGUUUAGAACGAUACACGACGGAAUAGGAUAUUCAAAAUGGAAUGCAUC